AUGGUUGCGAAACAACAAGACAGUUCCCUUCUCGGAACUUCGUUUCCUCGUGGUGGGGUUGAAGAACGCCGUCAGAAGCAUACUGAAGAAGCAGAAAAUGAAGAUGCUUCCAAGAAGAACUACAAGCGAAAAAUGAAGGCCCAAGCCGAGGAGACGGAUUUCUUGUUUGGAAAGAAGGAAACAGGUGAUGUGGACAACAAGAAGCGUUCCAAAAAGCGCAAGACCUCUACGGCCGUGGAAGGAGCACUGAAUGCCCAGUCUAUGCUACCAAUCGGUGGAGGAGGUGUAAGUCUUGCGUCCACUUCUGGCAAACAAAAAAACAAGACAUCUGCCCCGACCAUCGAGGCCUUGGGAUUCAGCAAGCUUGCCAAGAAUACCAAAGUUUUAGCAGUUGUGAAAGAGGUGCAAGAAGAAUUUGCAAUCUUCAGUAUGCCCAAUCUUCUGAAUGGCUACAUGCUGCCAAUCAAGAAAUCAGGCAACCUCGAAGAAUAUUCGCUUCCCCGAUGCCUUCGCGUUGGACAAACCAUGGCCGUUUCCAUCCAAAAGGUCGUCAAGGAACAGGUUUCUGGAGGUACUGUUCGCAAGCGCAUCCAAGUAUCAGCUUUGCCACAAAUGGUAAAUACCAAAGAUGAGACUGCCUUUGGUAAACCGCAACUUCCAGUUCGUGGGCAGAUAAUAUCAAUUGAAGAUCACGGGUGUCUCAUUGAUUUGGGAUUGGGUCGACGGGGAUUCCUUUCUUUUGAUAAGAUCCAAGGAGAAUACACCCUAAUGGAUGACGACGAAGAAGAAGAGGAUAGUGACAGCGAGAUGGAAGGCGAAAGCGAGAGCAUCAAGAAGAAGGAAAAGCACAUUUUGUCAGCUGGCCGACUAAUGGAUUUCUUUGUUGCUGACGACAGCAACCAUGGUAGCAGCAAGACAAGCGUUUACUCGUUGAAACUUCCUACCCGAAGGAAUCUGGCUCAUCAUUUCGUGACUCCUUUGGCAAAUGCGCAGUCGACACCUUACACCCUGGCCAGCAUUACACCCGGUUGGCUUGUUAAUGCCAAGGUGGAAGCUGUUGCAAAGAAUGGAUUGUGUGUGACAUUCUUGAACAAUGUCUUUCGUGGGUCCAUUGAAUUGGGGCAUCUCGGUGGAUAUCACAUGCCUCCAACUUCCAAGGAAACAAAUGCAAUUGGAAACAGCAGCAACAAAGAAGAAAUGUGGAGGAAACUCUUCCGCAAAUAUCAGCACUUUCCGGCAAGAGUCAUUGCAGUCGAUGCGCCCACCAAGUUGAUUCGGCUGACACUCAUGCCGCACUUAUUGCAAUACGAAUCGGCGGCGGUAUUGUCAGCGUCCCUUCCAAGCGUCGGCUCCAUUGUGGAGAACUGCACAGUGGUUCGAACAGAUCCCGGGAUUGGAGCCCUACUCACCUUGCCUGAAGAACAUUCUGCUGAAUCUCCCGGUAUCCCCAAGAAACUGUUCAAGUCGUCUGAACUCUUUCAAGCGCAAGAAUUUCAGGAUGCUGCCUGUCUCAAGGCCGUCUACGUUCAUAUUUCCAAGGCACUUGAUGGCGACAAGAAUGAUCAGUCUGCGUCUGUCUUUGGAAAGGAAUUUGCCCCAGGCACCAGCCAUUCUGUUCGCAUUUUGGGCGAUGGAAAUUUGGUCGAAGGAGUUGCUUCGGGAGCAUGCGCUCCUUCAAUUCUCGAGUCUCAUGUCCUGACACAUUCAGAUCUGAAACCAGGACAGCUUUACAAGCAGGUACCUGUUAUUGCCCAACUGAAGGGUGGCAGUAUACUUGUCCAGCUUGGAAUCAACGGGAUUCGAGCUUUGAUUCCUCCAAUGCACCUGUCAGAAUCGAACAGCACAUCGGAAUACAGAAAGAAGAUUCUGAAAACCAAAUACGCUGUUGAUGCAAAGGUGGAUGUUCGCGUGUUGUACGUGGAUCCCAUCCGAAAGAAGUGUACGGCCACUGCCAAGAAGUCUCUCGUCAAGGCGCCUGAAUCUGAAAUUGCUACGUCCUAUGAAAGUCUUAAUCUUGGUGACAAAGUGACUGGUUUCGUUUCCAAGGUCGAACAGAAAUGCAUGUACGUCACCUUCUUCAACAAGGUAUAUGGUGUUGUGACAGGAAGAUCACUGGCAACAGAAAUGGGAAUGGAGAGUAUCGAAGACAACUAUUCCGUUGGCGAUGUUGUCACAUGCAGAAUAGCAAAGUUGCUAAAGAAGACCUCUCGACGAAGGUCCAAUGCUGUCAGCGAUGAAGUAGAGAGCGACGAAGAAGAUGGACAAAGAGCGUAUUGGGAGGUUACGUUAAGUGUGUCAGUGGAGAAUGAAGAGGCCGGACAUGACGAGAAUCAAGAAGACUUCAUGACCCUCAGUAAGCCAAAAGAAGUGAAAAUCCAAGCAGGAAAUAUUCUUCCAUCCAAGUCCAUGAAAAUUGUGGAACUUUUUAAGGGAAAGCGGAAAGAAAAGGGCUCCUUCGUACCAGGUUAUGCCAUCGUCAGCAUUAAAUCUAAGUAUUUACUUGAUCCCUCCGACGAAGAUGGUAUGGUCGGAAACUUGGAAUGCAAGCUGCCUUUCGAUCAGCUUUUGGACGAGUAUUCUGCUGACGACAUCGAGUCCGUGGAGGCUUUGGAUGCGCUUGCACAAAGCGCCUUGAAAAUCGGAAAGAAGAUUAAUCAAAAAGGGAUCAUUUUAACAGAUCCUCAUAAGUCAAAUGUUGACUACUCAAGUGGAAUUGGAAAGCUACCAGUUGUUUCGAUUCGCAAGAGUUUCAUUCAAACCGUCGAGAGCCAAACGUCUGAAAACGAGUCGAGGGCAGAAAACUUGAUUUGCCCUUCCCCAAAGACAACCUUAUUCGUGGGAGCACUACUGCAAGGAUAUGUUGCUCAAAUUGACCACAGGUAUGGUGCUUUCGUCCGCUUCUUGGAUGGACUUACUGGUCUCAUACCGAAGAAGAGUGGUGGCAUGGACAUGCCACUCUAUGAGACUGUUGUGACAAAGGUCAAGGCAAUUGAUGAAGGCAAGGGCCAAAUGCAGCUCCAGCCUAUCAACCCUCCAUCAAGUGCGAAACAAAAGGCUCGAUCAACGUUACCAGUUAAGGUUGGUGAUCAUGUGGAUGUAAAGAUUGAAAAGGUCGAUUUCUUUGCGGUGACUGUUCGAAUCAUGGAUUCUGGUAUUGACGACGAGAAGACGCAAGCGAUUCUACACUGCACAAUGAAGGAUUCUGCACUGAAAAAGAUCAAGUUUCACAAGAAACCAGUGGUAAACGACUUGGAAAAGAUAGCCAAAGGACACCCUUUCCAUGGACUUAAGGCUGGCCAAGUGCUUCCCCAGUUGACCGUUGUUGUGGCAAAGCGACAUCGAGGAAAGUUGCAAGUGUACUUGACAGAUCGCAAAUUGGACUCGUCCAAGGAAAAGCCUGCUUUUAUAUCCGAGCAGUCUGAGCUCACUCCUGGAACUAGCACAUCUGUUGUGGUGACUGGCGUGGCCCCAAACAACAAAGGUCUCUAUGUUGAUGUUAGUCCAUUUGUCAAAGGCUUUGUACCUGGUCUGGAAGUCACAAAGGACAUCAAGAUUUUGAACAACUUGUCAUCACAAAUCUCUAUUGGAUCAAAGAUCGAGUGCUCCGUCGUGGAUCAAAGCCAAUGGGAGGAAAACAGGGCCAAGAACUCAAACCACAACACGAAGACAACUACAAAGUCAAAACCUCUAUUAUUUUCAGUGCUCGCAGAAGAGGGAGAUUCCGAAGUCACGAAGCCUACUCGUGGCGGUUUGAUUAUCGGUCGUGUUCAGCGGAGUUUGAAACAGGCCCAAUCCCCUGCAUUAAUGGUUGCUCUUCGCGGCGGCUUUGUUGGGCGAUGCUGUAUUACUGAACUUGACGAAAAUGACGACUGGGCAAACAUGCCAAUUGGAAGAAUCCGAGAAGUGAAGAAAAGCGUCAAAGGUGCCGACGAAGAUGGCGGCGACAUGGAAGUUGACAAAGAGCCCAAAGAGACUGAAAAUGACAGUGAUGAUGACAACGAAGAGAGUGACAGCGAGUUUGCUGAUGGAAAGUAUGUUGAAUGCAGAGUCUUGAAGGGCGUCCCAAAACAUUCUCUUGUGGAUCUUAGUCUACGAAGCAGCCGUAUUGAAGGAGAUCUGGAUGACGAUACAGCACCUCUCGAAGGCGAAACCGUUCGUGCAUAUGUCAUCGAGACGAACAAGAAAGGCUGCUUCCUCCGUCUUGCUCGUGGAAUCGAAGGGCGUGUGACUCUGAAAGAGCUAUGUGAUGGCUACUUGCCUGACCCAGCGGCUUCUUUCCCUACUGGUCGAUUGGUUGUCGGUAGAGUCAAGACUGUCCGCGAAGCCCCGAAGAAGAAAGGCAAACACGCUAUCAAUCCUGUCAAGUUCCUUGUCGAUCUGGAUAUGAGAGAGUCGACCUUGUUGGAUCAGAAGAAACUUCUCACAUUCGAUGAUAUUACAGUGAAUACCAAGUACAAGGGUACUGUUGCGCGAGUCGAAAAAUAUGGUGUGUUUGUGCAAAUCAAGGAUAGCAAGGUUUCUGGACUUGCUCACAUGAGUGAAUGCAGCGACAAAUAUAUCAAGAAUCUUGGAGGAUUGUAUGACCCUGGUGACCUUGUCAAGCUUUUGGUCACCAAGAAAAAUGCUGAAAACAAGACCUUGGGAUUCAGUCUCAAGGCCAGCCAUUUCAAAGAUGACGAAGACUCUGACGACUCAUCAGUGGAAGAUGACGACGAAUCGGUUGAUGAAGAAAUGCUGGAUGCUGAAGGUCUGGAUUCUGAUGAUGAGAACUUCGGCGCCAAGCUUGCGGCGAGAAUUCAACGAGAUGGAGAUUCCGAUGACGAUAGCUCCUCCGCAGAGGACUCGGAAGAAGAUGACGACGACGACGAGGAGGAGAGCGUUGCAUCGCAGGAUGACUCCUCGGAAGAAGAGGAUGAAUCGCCCGAGGUGCUGAUGGAUACUGAUGUUGGUUUUGAUUGGAAUGCCAAGGGCCUUGUUGGAAAGUCAAAGUCAGAUCGCGCUGAUUCUUCUGAUGAUUCGGAAUCUGACAGUGAUGAUGACUCAGACGAUGAGGAUAACGAAGGCAUGGCAUCCACUCACAAGCCUCGCAAGAAGCAAGCACAACGCCGACGAGAAGAAAAAGAAAUCUCUCGCCGUGAAAUGGCUCUUGCUGAUGGGACUGCUGACGAGAACCCCGAGACAGCUGGUGACUUCGAACGUUUGCUCGCAGGUAACCCCAACUCAUCGGAGUUAUGGAUCCGUUACAUGGCCUUUUAUUUGUCCUUGGCUGAUAUUCCUUCGGCACGCAAGGUUGCUGAAAAGGCUGUGGAAAGAAUAGAGUUUCGACAAGAAGUUGAAAAGUUAAAUGUGUGGACCGCCCUUUUGACACUGGAACACAAGUACGGCAAUUACGAUUCGUUACAAAAGACAGUGGAUCGAGCUUGCAAACAAUGUAACCCCAAGCAUGUAUACUUGCGAAUUUGCGAGAUUUUGGUCAAGGAUGUUGCGGCAACCUCCAAUCCCGAGUCUGUGGUUCGCGCCAAUGCCAUGUUUGUCAAGAUGUGCAAGAAAUUCAAGUCGAAGAAGAAGGUCUGGUUGGCCCACUUGGAGUAUUUGCUGCAAAAUGGACGCCACCAAGAAGCUCAUUCUUUGAUGAAGCGAGCUUUGCUUUCGUUGAAACCCUACAAACAUGCCGAGACCAUGUCAAAGUUUGCUCAACUCGAAUUUGAAUUCGGCUCUGCAGAACGUGCUCGUACAGUCUUUGAAGGCAUUGUGGAUAGAUUCCCCAAGCGUUUGGAUUUGUUUUUCGUCUUUGUUGACAAGGAAAUAAAGCAUGGUACUGUAUCCCGUGCCCGCAAUCUGCUUGAAAAUAAGGUGGCCGAAGGCAAGCUGUCUGACAAACAAAUGAAGAGUCUUUUCAAGAAAUGGUUCCGUAUGGAGGAAGCCCAUGGCAGUGCCGAGGAACAAGAUCAUGUCAAGGAAACUGCCCGCGAAUACGUCGAGAAAACAACGCAAUAA